GAGCUCACCGAUGGAACCGCUUCCGCCGGCUUUAACGAUUCCAGCGAAAUGCCCCAAAUUCCGGAGUACAUCCGGGCGACGUCGAUGGUGUUCUGUAUCAUUAUCAUGUGUCUCGGUGUUAUCGGCAACAUUAUGGUCCCAAUCGUCAUACUCAAGACGAAGGAUAUGCGCAACUCGACCAACAUCUUUCUCACCAACCUAAGCAUCGCGGAUCUGCUCGUCCUGCUCGUCUGCACACCGACCGUGCUGGUCGAGGUCAACUCACCACCCGAAGUUUGGGUGCUCGGAGAGGAAAUGUGCAAGGCGGUUCCGUUCGUGGAGCUAACGGUGGCACACGCAAGCGUCCUCACGAUACUGGCCAUAUCCUUCGAGCGCUACUACGCCAUCUGCGAACCGCUCAAGGCGGGCUACGUGUGCACGAAGACGCGCGCCCUGCUCAUUUGCCUCGCGGCCUGGACCGUCGCGGCCAUCCUAACGAGCCCGAUCCUGUUCUUUGCCGAGUACAGUGUGCAGCCGUACCUAGAUGGCAGCCGGGCAGCGAUGUGCCUGACGAAGGCCUCAAAUGGUUGGACGUUCACCUUCUUCCUGAUGACGAUCUCGCUGUUCUUCGUACUGCCGUUGGCCAUCCUGAUCGUGCUGUACGCAAUCAUCGCCCGCAAUCUCAUCGCCAGUGACCGGUCGCGGUUGAAGAUCCGAUUGAGCAAACCUGAGCUGAGUCACAAAGCCCGCAAGCAGGUCGUACUGAUGCUCGGUGCGGUUGUGCUCGCCUUCUUCACCUGUCUGCUGCCAUUCCGGGUACUUACACUUUGGAUCAUCAUCGUGCCGGAGGAAACGUUCCAGCAGUUGGCGCCCGAGCGAUAUUACAACCUGCUCUACUUCAGUCGCAUCAUGCUCUACCUCAACUCAGCCGUCAACCCGAUCCUGUACAACCUGAUGUCGUCAAAGUUCCGCAAGGGUUUUCUACGGCUGUGCAGCUGUUCGCACUGGGCCAGUAGCUAUCGAGGCGGUCGCAAGGGUCGUAACCGAUCGGCCACCUUCACUACAACGACCAACACCACAACCACCACGAGCUCGACAUUUGCAGGACACCAUUCGCUGGGGCCAACCGGAGGACUCGAGUCGGAUGUCAACGGAUUUGGGACAGAUAGGAAAGCAGGCCCACAAAAGCUUACCCUUUCGUUGGACGAUUUGCGUGUGUUACGGACUCCAGUUGCGAAUGGACAUCCAAGCUCACCGUCGUCCUUUUACCGUAUCAACCUAGUGCGACAGUACUCGAGCCCUCUGCUGGUGUUCACAGACCCCGGGCCAGUACGACCACCAACCGGCAAUCGAAGCGCUCUCAAACGGGCUCAGUUCGGAGUGACCUUCGACGAGCCCACGACUCUACUGACAUCGGCUGAAGCGGAACAACUGCUUCUUCGAAUCGAGCCUCACUCAAGCCCAGGUCCUAAGAUGGCACCACGUGGUGUAGGGCUGCGUAAACCGCUCCGAUUCAGAUUGCCUCGAUUUGGACCACGCCGAUCGGUGGUCAAUGGUGGUGGACGCAGAGCCACCAUGAAGCAGCUGUCACUGGACGAAACUUUGCUAGCGGCGGCCAUUGCCGGGCGAAAAGUUUGA